AUGUCCAUCAAGCCCCUCCCGCUCUCCAACGAUGGCAUGACCAGUGCAACGAACAAUCCGAUCGCGAUCGCCAUGGAGCGCCACCGCGUUCAGCUCGCGAACGAUCUCAAGAAGCGCGAAAUGAUGAAGAAGGUGCUCUCGGUCCGUAAGGGCCUAGUCCACGUCCAGGACUGCACCUCGUCCGACUGCGACAAGGCGCUCUGCAAGUCCACGAAGCGCCUUAUUGCGCAGUACCGCAGCCACGGCUGCAUCAACCACGUUAGCGAUAGACCCGGGAAGGCCAAGUGCCAGGUCUGCUCGCUGUGGGCCCUCGUUGCGGGCUCCACGGCGUUGGCCGCCCAUUAA